AUGAGGUGGUUGGGUAGGUGGGGGUGGGGGUGUGGGUGGGGGUGGGGGUGGGGGGUGUGGGGGUUGGUGUGUGUGGGGUUGGUUUUUGUGUGGUUGGGGGGGGGGGGGGGGGGGUUGUGUAUGGGGUGGGGGUGGGGGUUUUUUGGAGUUUUUGGUUGGUGUUUGUGGGGGGUUGGGUGGGGGUGUGGUUGGGUUUUGGUUUGGGGGUGGUUGGGUUGGGUGUGGGGGGGUGGGGGGGGUUUGGGGGGGUGGUUGUGUGUGUUGGUGUGUGGGGGGGGGGGGGGUUGGGUUGUGGGGGGGGGGGUGGGGGGGGUGGGGGGGUGGGGUGGGGGUUUGGGUUGUGGUGGGGUGGGGGGGGGUGGUUUGGGGGGGGGGGGGUGGCGGUUGGGGUUGUGGGGGGGGGUUGUGGGGGGGGGGGUGGUGGUGGGUGGUGGGGGGGGGGGGGGGGGGGGGGGGGGGUGGGGGGUGUGGUGGGUUGGGUGGGGUGUUGUGGGGGUGGUUUUGUGGGGGUUGGGUGUGUGUUGUGGUGGGGGGUUUUGGUUGGGGGUGUGUUAUGUGGUUAUUAGGUGGUUGAGUGUAUAUGUGUGUGUUGUUGGGGGUUGGGGUAGGUUGAGGGUUUGGGGGUUUAAUUUUGGUGUUUAUAGAAGUGAGGGAUUGGGGGAAUGGGGAAGAUUAUGA